AUGUCGUCUCAUUUUUUUGGUUGUGUGUCUAGUCCUUGUGUUGCUACAUUUGCUGUGAGAAAGGUUGCUGAUGAUAAUUUGAGUGGUGCUGAUUUUAACACUGUUCAAACACUUGAGAGAAAUAUGUAUGUUGAUGAUGUUUUGAAAAGUUGCGAGUCGUCUGAGAAAGCUAUUAGUUUGAUUAAUCAAUUGUGUGAAUUGACUGAAACAAAGGGGUUUCAUAUGACAAAAUUUGCUAGUAAUUCAAGUGAAGUUAAUUCAUCAAUUCCUAAUUCGGAACUUGCUCCCUCACUGAAAUGUUUGGAUUUGAAUGGGUCUGGUGUUCACCACGCCCUUGGUGUGAAAUGGAAUAUGGGGCCGGAUGAACUGAAAGUGUGUGUGGAUAUUGAACCAAAGCAAGCAACUCGUAGGGGUAUAUUGAGUGCUGUUUCGUCUAUUUUUGAUCCACUUGGCCUAGUCUCACCUUUUGUUUUGCCUGCUAAGCGUAUAUUGCAAGAUUUGUCUAGUGAGGAUUUUUCAUGGGAUGAUACUAUUUGUCAUAGUCAUAAGGUUCGAUGGGAGAAUUGGGUUUCACAGUUGCCAAUCUUGAAUGAUGUUUCAGUCCCUAGAUGUUACAAGCCACCUGGUUUUACGCCAAUUGAUAUACAAUUGCAUUGUUUUUGUGAUGCCUCUCAAGAUGGUUAUGGUGCGGUUGCGUAUUUACGUUUCAUAGAUGCUAAUGGUUCUGUUCAUGUUUCAUUUGUGAAAAGUGUAUCAAGAAUUACACCUAAGCGACCUAUCACGGUUGUCCGCUUAGAAUUGAUGUCAGCUGCCGUUGCUGCUGAGUUGUCCCAGUCCAUCAAAAGAGAAUUGGACUAUGAGAUGUGUUCCUACUAUUUUUGGACCGAUAGUAUGUCUGUUUUGCAAAUGAUUAAUAAUCGCUCUGAAAGGUUUAAAAUUUUUGUAUCUAAUCGUAUUGCCCUAAUUCAUUCAUUGUCUAAAGUUGAAUCUUGGUUUCAUGUGAGCUCUGAAUUGAAUCCUGCGGAUGUUCUAUCUCGAGGAGUUAUGCCCAAACAUCUACCAAAAAUGUCUGUUUGGUUUGCCGGCCCAGAAUUUUUGAAAUUAGAUCGCUCUCAUUGGCCCAAACCUUGUUCUGUGAAAUGUGACGAUAAUUUUGCCUCUGAGGUUAAAGUUGAUUUUGUCUCUACAAGUUCUAAUGAAUUUGCCUCUGUUUUUGAUUUGCUCAAACGCUUCUCUUGUUUCGAAAAAUUGUGCCAAAGUGUUGGGUGGUUGCUCCGUUUUAAAGCAUACAUGAAAUGGAAGUUUCGCAGUGGUCCAAGACCGCCUGUGGGAAACUUGAGUGUUGAUGAGUUGGAAUUUGCUAUGCAUAAUGUGGUGAGUCUGGUUCAGUUGGAUUCCAUCUCGCCUAGUUUGUUGCAGUUGGGUUCCCGAGUGAAUGAUAGUUCUCCCCCUUCAAGUAGCAAUUUGAAACCAUCCACGAGUAAUUCUUCGAAGUUAUUGUUGAAGUUGAAUCCAUUUUUUGAUGAAAAUUGUCAUGUGUGGCGAGUUGGUGGACGACUGAAGCAUUCCAAUUUGCUUUACAGUCAGAGGUACCCAAUUAUUCUGCCCCAAAGUCAUCAUGUCACUGAGUUGAUUGUACAUAUGUAUCAUUGCAGGGAGGGUCAUUGUGGUACUUUGCAUACAUUAUCUGCUCUAAGAGAAAAGUUUUGGAUCCUCAGAGGUCAGUCUGAGGUUCGGCGAAUAUUGGCCAAAUGUAUGGUUUGCAAGUUACGUUCGGCAAAGUUUAGUAGUCAAUGGAUGGCACCUCUCCCUAAAUUUAGGAUUGAACCUGGUCGAACUCCUUUUGAUAAAUGUUCAGUAGAUUUGUUUGGUCCACUCAAGGUUAAAUGCGGUAGGCGUGAGUUGAAACGUUAUGGUUGUAUUUUUACAUGUUUAGCCACGCGAGCUUGUCAUAUUGAGUGUGUUGAGUCGAUGGAUACACCAUCCUUUUUGAAUGCUUUGUUUCGUUUUUCUGAUCGUAGGAAUACUCCGUCACUUAUUUAUUGUGACAAUGGUUCAAAUUUAAUUGGUGCAAAGAAUGUGUUGGCUCAAGGCAUGAACAAUUUGGAUGCUACCCGUAUUGAAGGUGAAUUGGCACGGAAGGGAAUUAAAUGGGAACAUAGUCCUCCUUCCGCCCCUUGGCAAAAUGGUGUUACGGAAAAGAUGGUUCAUUUAACUAAACGUAUUUUGUAUGCUCUUGUAGAAAGACGAACAUUGACAGAUUUUUCCCUUAUUUCAUUUCUCACAGGCGUUGAGAGAAUUUUGAAUGAUAGGCCAAUCACGCCACUGAGCGAUGAUUGUAGAGAUUUUGCGGCCCUGUCGCCCAGUGCGAUUUUGCAUGGUUGUCUUGACACCUCCCUCCCUGCCGAUCGAUUUUUGAAAACUGACGAGUAUAGGGAUUGUUGGCGCAGUGUUCAACGUCUAUUGGAUAUGUUUUGGUCAAGAUGGACCAAGGAGUAUUUGCCCCUCUUGCAGUCUCGCAAGAAGUGGACCUUGUUUGGUCGUAAUCUGAAAGUUGCUGAUCUGGUUCUUGUUCAUAAUGAGAAUUUACCGCGUGGUUCUUGGCCUAAGGCCAUUGUUGAGAAAGUUUUUCCGGAUGGUGAUGGCAUGGUGCGUAGGGUCGAAAUUAGAACUGCUACAUCUAGUGCUAUGCGGGAUGUAAGACGGCUGUGCUUACUUGAGGGUAGUGAAUGA